GCUCUACGUCCGCCUGGUGAAGCUCCUCUACGCCAAGGGCCUUCUGGUGCUCCUGGACGAGAGCGAGCGGCGCGAGGACGUCGGGAUCUUGUUCGUUGCCAAGAAGUCAGACCAGCUGCGCCUCAUCAUAGUGGAGGGCGUCGAGUGCGUUGGCCAGUCGGACCUCGGUUUCACUCCGGGCACCUCCGACAUCAGCGACGCCUUCCACCGUUUCAGGAUCGAUCGAGGGCUCUUUUCCUAUUUCUGCAUCCGCCCCGCGACCGCGCAGGAGAUCGGGGUGACCGGCAAGACCAUCGGGGACAGUGCCGCGCUUCCCGACCGCCGCUUGGUGCCAGCCUGCGCCGCCCUGCCGAUGGGGUUCACCUGGUCGCUCCACUUCUGCCAGGAGGUGGGCGAGGCCGUCAUGGACGCCACGCCCGGACUGGAGCGGGCCCACCGCAUGAGCGACCGGGGAGGCGCUCGGUAUACGUACGUCGACAACCUCGGGGUGAUGGGCUUCGACGGCGCAGAGGUGUCCUCGAGCCUCGCCGCCGCCACCGCGAGGUUCGAUGCCGCGGGCCUGAGGACGCACGAGACGGACAUCCAGAGGGGCCGCGGCGUGACGCUGGGCUGCGUGCUGGACGGAGCCGCGCUGACCACCAGGCUCACGGCCAAACGCUACUGGCGGGUGCGGCAAGGUGUGUCGUGGGCUCUGGGCUGCAGAGCCCUGCCAGGCUGGACGUGGGAGAUCGUCCUCGGCCACUGCACUUACUGCGCCAUGUGCAAUCGCGACCUUCUCUCGGUCUUCAACGCGAUGUACAAGUUCAUAGCGGCCCACUACCAGGAGGCCGCGCCGCUCUGGCCCACAGCGCGGGCCGAGAUGGUCGCCUUCCGGGGCCUGAUGCCCCUGCUGCGCGGCGACUGGGCGCUCCCGUGGUGCCCGCUGGUCUGCCUCUCCGACGCGUCGGAGCAUGGCUACGCGGUGAGCGACUCGUUGUUCGAGUCGGCCGCCGUGAAGGAGAUCGGGCGGGUGCAGGAGCGAUCCCGCUUCCGUCGCCUGGGCGGCCAUUCCGCUCGGGCCCACUUCUUCGCCAGCAACGGCAUCGUGAUGACCAGCGAGGGGACGUUCAAAGAUGCGGCCGAUCUUGAUGAGCAUGACGAGGUUGCGCCCCAGACUCAGCGGGGGCUUGACAGAACAUUCAAAGAGAUGGCAGCGGAGAUCUUCUCAGGGUCCCGCUGGACAGAGAUAGUCGCCCGCGGGUGGCUUAAUACUUCGGAAGACAUUUUGGUCUACGAGUCACGUGCCCUCUUGCGAGCUGUAGAGAUGUUGUGCAGCCUGUCACCGCGAGAGGGCGAGCAUGUCGUCGUCAUGAGUGACAACCUGCCAACAGUGCUGUGCUUCGAGAGGAGCCAGCCAGCCGCCGUCGCCACCUCGGCCCCAGAGUGCGCCCCCGCGGGGGACCUCCGGCGACCUGCCGCGGCGGUGGGCGAUCGCGGGCGCGACGAUCAGCGUGCCCAUGGAGGCAGCGCGCCCGCGCAUGCCGCGCCCGAGCCGCUUGCGAAUCGCUCGCGGGCGCUGUCGCCGGGGCCGGAGGGCCUGCCGAGCGAGCCACUGGCGCCAGCCAGCCGGACGCGGGCGCUGGGAGCGCCCCGGGACGGCAUGCGGCACCGGCUCACCCUGGCCCCGCCCGCCUCGAGGGCCGCGGCGCGCGACCUAGAGGCGAACUGCAGCCCGACGGGCGACAGCGAGGGCGAGAGCGACGCCACAACCGUGGCCAACGAGGCGGAGGCAGCUCGCACCCGGCAGUUCGGCCAGACAGCCCGGCAUCGCGCUCGGGCAGUCGCCCAGGCCAAGGCGUCGCCCACUCUGGCGGGGCUGACGCUGCUGGAGCGCUCGGCGGCGAGGCUGGGCACGGAGACGCGGUACCAGGUGGAGCUCGAGGCCUUCAUCGACGCCGCCGGGAAGCGCCAGCUCGUCGUGGACAGCGAGGUGGACGAUGCGCUCGUGCACUACAUGAACGGGCUAUACGAGUCGGGCCACCACUCGAACAAGGGCGACGCGUUGCUGUCGGCGUUGCUGCACUUCCAGCCCCAGUAUGGCAAGCUGGGGGGAUCGCGCCUCCCUCGGGCUUGGCGACGUUUGAAGGGGUGGCGCCGGAGAUGUGGGCGGCGCUCGAGGAACCCGGUCGUCCGCAUGUUAUGGUCAGCGGUCGUCUGGGACCUCUGCUGCCUGGGGUACUGGCUCAUGGGUUUGCACAUUAUGUGGAUGAUCGUGACGCGCCACCGCCCAGGCGAGCCGCUCACGAUCCAGCGCCAGUCGAGGGCGGCCACCCGCAAGAACCAAAUGCAAGACGAGGGGAUCAGCCUCACCAACAAGAUGUUCCCGUGGCUGCCGCGGGUGAUCGCGGCGCUGGCCCCGGGUCCUCCAGAGCCCUUGCUCUUCACGCACAGCUACCCCGAGCUGGUCGCGCAGUUCAACAUUACGAGGACGAGGCUCCAGCUCAGCUUGGUGUUGUACCAGUGCCGACACUCGGGGGCCUCGCUGGACCUAGAGAACCGCCACCGCGAUCACAUGGAGCUGAAAAAGCGAGGCGGGUGGCAAUGCGAGAGCUCGCUGAAGAGGUACGAGAACGCCGCCAAGCUGAACUUCUCUGCCGCCCGCCUGCUUCCUUGGCAGGCGGCUGCCUUCCGAAAGGCGGACCAGCAACUCGAG